AUGGCCGGAGUGAGUGGAGACCGUAAAGGGAAGAAAGAUGACAAUGGCAUCGGCGCAGCCAUCGACUUCAUGCUUUCCAACGCAAAGCUUGUUUUGGGAGUUGGCGGAGCAGCCAUGCUGGGCAUCGCAACGCUUGCUGUCAAAAGAAUGUAUGACCGUGCCAUCAGCGCUCCAACCAGUCCCACCAAGAUGGAGCAGAAAGGAAAACAAAGCUGGGAGGAGCCAGCCUGGGUGGGUUCGUCGCCGCGGGUUCUGAACCACGACAUGAAGGCCACCAUGAGCAGGUCGCUGCAGUCCCUGCCCACCGCUUCAAAUUCCUUUGAGCCAGACUAUCUGCGGAGGGCUGUGGGUCGAGCCGCUGUGAAAGGGAGCGGCCCGACUCAGUCCGACCUGCUCCGCGCUCGGAUGCGCCUCUCCCUGCAAGAGCGUCUGUGGGAUUUCUACCAGCACGACGUGGACAUUCCCGCUGAGGAGCAGGCUGUGGCCCGGAAGGCGGCGUUGGACAUCUGCGCCGAGCUUCGAGUGUUCCUCCACGCCAAACUUCCCGACAUGCCGCUCCGAGAGAUGUACUUGAGCGGCAGCCUUUAUGAUGACUUGCAGGUGGUGACGGCAGACCACGCGCAACUGAUGGUGCCUCUAAUUCUGGAGAAAAACCUGUGGUCAUCUAUACCAGGAGAGGACACGAUCAUGAACGUUCCAGGUUUCUGGUUGGUGCGCAGGGAGAAUUUAGAAUAUUUCCCACGGAACAGCAGCUACUGGGACCGCUGCAUGGUGGGAGGUUACCUCUCCCCAAAAUCAGUCCUUGAGGUGUUUGACAAGCUGGUGGGUACGAUCAACUGGCCCGCUAUCGGCAGCGUCCUGGACUACGUGAUUCGUCCUGUGGUCCCGUCCGAAACACUGACCUUGGAGGUGCAGUACGAGACGGACCGAAAGCUUUCCGUGGACUUUUUGCCAUUACUGGUAAUGGAGGACGGGACUUCUCUUAUAGCCAAACCGCAUCGGCUUGCCGCAGAGCGCCACGAAAACCUGUGGCGGCAGAGUUUCAGAGUGGCAGAAACGGCGCGGCUCCGAGCCUUGGAUCAAGAAGAUGGAGGCUACCGAUGCGCCUGCCUCAAAGUGGCCAAGGCCGCGUGCAAGCUCAAUCCCGCUCUCAACCGGCUGAAUGCCAGCCAGCUCACCAACGCCAUCUUGCUGCUAAGCGAAAAGCAAACCAACUGGACCCACGAGGCACUGGCCGACAACUUCCUACAGCUGGUAAAGGCUCUUGUGGGUUACCUGGAGGCGGGGCGACUGCCCUGCGCCCUCAGCCCAAGAGUGAACUUAUUCUGUGAACUGACUGAGCAGGAAGUGGAUGAGCUGGGCUACACGCUCUACUGCGCGCUUUCGGAACCCGAAUCACUUCUGGUGACUGGAGAGACGCAGCUUCCGCAUCUCUCCUAAAACAUCCGGACAUAUGCGGCACCCGCCCAGGCAUUAAUUUGCGUCAGGCAUUGUUGCCCCCCCCCCCCCUCCCCAGGCCUCAUUUUUCAGGAGAAAUACAACACCUGAUUCUGACGUCUGAGAAAAUUGCCCAAUGAAAUUGCUUUUGUCUCAAGAUGGGUCCGACCGACUCCUCUUGCGUUCAUCCAAAUAUACUUUUACUCACAGGUGCCCAUGUCAAGGCCAACCGCGACGGUGUGGCGUUCUGCCGCCGUUGUCUAAAUGAAGUUGGUGUACGUUUCAUGCAUCGUCUCCAAGGUAAACCUUUCAUUGUAAUAUACAAGAUAUUACUCUGCAUCAGAUCUCGUUUGCGCUUUUAAACUGAUUGGACAGUUUUAGUUCACCGGACAAGUCUUGUGCAUUUUAUGAUAGACAUCGUUAUGGAGAUUACCGAUAUGUGACACGUUGUCAAAACAUAGAAUGUAAUGUUGGUUGUCUGUAUGUCAACACAAAAGCUAAUAAAAUAAAUUCUCAUAAAUUGAUUUGCCAAAAGAUAGUUUUGAUUUAAAUGUGGACUAAAAGUUUGGCAAAAAUACUUAUGAUAACUUAUUGUUAUUAUUAUUGUCAUGUUUGAAGACGAAUGCAUAACAUGAUGCCAAAUUCAUGUGGAAACUUCUCACGUGUUGAUAACCAGCGAGUACGUCAGAUGAAGGUGUGCAUCUGAAAGCGAUAAGACCUCAAAAAGACAGAUUUUCAGCGUUGCCAUAAAAAUCACAAUAAAACAACAAAAGCAUGUCGUUUUAUGCCACUCCAAUGCUUGGUCACGAGCAGAAACUAUCCCCAUGUGACUGUCUGCGUGUACUGGGCUAUUCUUUGUUUCAUUCUUAUGAAGAGGACCUUUCUUCUCCACUACCGCAGCAUCUGAUUCGGUGCAUAUCUUUUUGAAUGUCAAACUUUGGGACUGACGUUCUUCAUGUUAGGACACUCACAAUUUCUCCCAAGUCUUUGAAAGAAGUGUUGGUGUCAGCUUUUUUCUUUGCUGAAGAAGCCACACACAUGCUUGCUUUUCAUUUUGUUGUACUGCAUGUCUGUUAUUAUUUUAUUUUUUUGAGAGCUCUCGUCAGUUUUUCUGCAAAACGUGUUUAGACACACCUCACUUGCUCUUCUGUGAUACACAAGUUCAAAGUUAAACCCCAAUUCACUUGAAGAGUCUAUUGCAGGACGCAGGGGUCUGAGGAACAGCAACAACAACUAAGUGCCCGUGGUUCAAGGAUUUGGCUCCAAAACUUGUCCCAAUUGCAUGACGCUGAUCUUUGCCGUCACAUGUCGCCUUAGGCAGGACCGAUGACGUGUAGAGCACUUUUUAAUGGAGGCAUUCAGUUACACUAUAUUCGGUUGAAAAUGUAUUAAAUGAUGGAGAAGUAGAUACAUAUUUUUUGUAUUGUGCAUUCGUAACCAAAAUAAUUUAUUGGCAAUGACUCAAGUACUCAUGUCAUUAAGUGCUUUGUGUUGGAGUUACUGACAAUCUUCAUGGGGUCUUUCUGUGCAUGUUAAGUCUUCCUUUGUAAACCGAGUCUAUUCUGAAGAAAAAAAAAUGUCAGGGUGAGUCACCGUGCCAUGUCAUGUUCAUUGAAAUCAAAACCCAAAGUAGGUUUCUACCUCUAGCCAUGUGCUGCAUCUUGCAUGCUGUGCUUUAUCCCCCAGCUUUAUUUUAUUUUUAGUACGGCACUGUGUCUGAGCCGUGCAUUACUUCGGACAUAGAAAUAAACGCGACAAAUGGAUUUUUAAUGUUU